CCUCUCGCUCCCUCGUUCCCUCGGUCUGACCUUACAAGGAGAGGCAACAGGGUUGAUGUCAUUCAAUGAAGAAUGCUGCAAGAAUCCAGAGAGAAAUAAGAGCAGCAGGAGGAGGAGGGGUCUGACUGGACAGUUUAUGAACACACACAGAAAGAAAGAGAGAGAGAAAGAGAGGGAGAAAGAGGUGCUGUUUACAUAGUAAUACACAACUCCUGAGCCAAAGUAAAACGAGAGAGAACUUGUUUGGAAGGAUGGUGUCAUUCCUUUUCCAGACUGAAAAGCACAGGGGGAGGGUCUAAUAGCUGGAAAAGAAAGGGGAAGAAGAGAGAGAGAAAAAGAAGUUACCAUUAACAGUCAACCCUUACUCACUCAGCCUGGAACCAAAGAGAGAAAUAGAAGAACAAAAGGAAAGAAGGGGGAAGGAAAAAGGAGAUACACAUUGCAGCUGUGUUAACAGGAUAAAUACCCAAAAUGGAGGACUCCAGUAGCAGCAAGCCGGUCAUGGUGACAUCCUCUCUGAACUUCAAAGUCACCACGCCGUCGUUCUACAACCAGCCAAAGAAGUUUGCCUCUGUGGCACCGCCACGGCCCAAAAGUCUGACGCCUCCCUCCGGUCCAUCACCGACACCAGUAGGCACAGCCGUGAUUGGUCGAGUGGGAGAUCUGCCUCCGCCGCCCCCGUCGCUCUGUGAUGACUUCCCACCCCCUCCUCCUCCUCCUCCACUGGAUGAUGAUUUGCCAGCCCCUCCCCCCGAUUGCCAAACCACACCCCCUGCCUUUGAGGCCCCCCCUCCCGCCUUCCCCGCUCCACCUCCAGUGGCAGAUGACCUGCCCCUCCCAGCUCCCCCUGAGGAGAGUGCCUGUCCGCCCUCCUGCCCGUCUCCCCCUCCUCCCCCACCCCCUCCACCGCUCCCUGCCACCGGUACCAGUUUUCCCAGUGCUGCCGGAACGCCACAGAGACUGGUGGCGAAGCAGACGAGCUUCGAUCAACAGCUCGACACUCUAACUGACUUGCUGUCUGAGAUGGAGACCAGGAGACCUUUCAACCCCAAGUUGCCGGGCCAAUUUUCUUCAGCACCAGCACCCAAGCCUCCAGCUCCUCCCCCGACCGCUCCUAAACCAGCUCUCUCCUUCCUCCCACCCCCUGAGAUGGGAGACCGCCCGCCUCCAGCACCCUGGGCAGAAGAACUCAGAGCCAGAACAAACCGACAAGCCAAUCACAACUCUGCACCAAACUCUGCUACUCAGCAAUUUGCUAAGGCCCCGGCUGUGGCACCCAAGUCUGGUUUCGGAGGGAGACCGACGACAUCAUCAACAUCUCUGGCACAAAAACUGACCCAGAAUCUGAACCAGAACACCACCCCAAUGGGCGUUGCACCAAAACCUUCCCCUCCCUUUGCCACCAGCUCCUUCCCUCCACCUCCCGCAGCUCCACCCGGACCUCCUGCUCCACCAAACAAUGUGGCGACUGCCCCGGCCGCUAAUCACAUAAAGAGUUCUCCGUUUGCCAGUCAGGUGAAUGCAAACCAAAACCCCCCUGCUGCUGUGCCUCCUCCUCAACCCAAGAUGAUGGCAUCUCCCCCUUCCUCUUUUAACCAGCCAAUGAAAACUCCUCCUGCAUCAACGUCCUCUCCCCCUGGCCCAGUUGCUAUCCCAGGUGGAGGCGUUCCUCUGAAUAUGAGGGAAGUGGAGGAGCUGGAGAGAAUGACCAAGGACUUCAUUAAAGACAUGGACACACACGCUCCUGUCAUCACCUCCCCUCCUACAGAGGUCUGUGGGAAGUGUGGCGAGGCUCUGUCCCGCACCCAGCCAGCAGUGAGGGCCAUGAAUAAACUCUUCCACUCCAACUGCUUCUGUUGCAUGAGCUGUCAUCGCCCCCUGCAGGGCAUGCAGUUCUAUGACAGGGAUGACGCGCCUCAGUGUGAGGACUGCUAUGUGAAUUCCCUGGCAGUGUGUUCCCGAUGUGGGGAGAGGAUCACAGACCGCGUGCUGAAGGCGGUGGGCCAGUGUUUCCACUCCCACUGUUUCCGCUGCAGCACCUGUUCCUGCUCACUUGAGGGGGCGCCCUUCAUCACUGAUGACAACAACAACCCCUACUGUGUCCAGGAUUACCACAGGCGUUUCUCCCCUCUGUGUGUGAGCUGUAAUGAACCCAUUAUUCCAGCCCCGGGCAGCGAGGAGACAGUCAGGGUGGUGGCUCUUGACAAGAACUUCCACCUCAAGUGUUACCGUUGUGAGGAUUGUGCUCGCCCUCUCUCCAUAGAAGCGGAUGAAAAUGGCUGCUAUCCACUGGAUGGUAGGAUCCUGUGUAUGAAGUGCCACACCCAGCAUGCCCAGAAGGCGGCGCAGUGAUUGGCUCAGUUGGCGCGACUCAGAUUAACUAUGAACCAAAAUCCAAAAAGCACAGGAUUCAUUCAGCUGCCGUUUUGCCUUUGCAACAGGGCUUUAUUCAGUAUAUGUGCGCAGGUGUGAGUGUGAAUGCGUGGAAAGGGUAUGUUUGCAUGCAGAUGCAGUGUAGUAUUCCCUCGUCUUUGUUCUCUUCAGUGCAGAAGUAAUGUACUGCAUUGAAAUAAAGUCCCCUCAUCUUUUAUUCUCCAAUCUCAUCCAGCCCUCUUUGUGUACUACAACGUAUUUUUUUUGUGCCAAUUCUAUGUUUACGCUAAAAAAAAAUUCCAGCAAAACUUGCACAAGAAUAGUUUUUGGCAAAAGAGCAGUCUGAUGAAUAUAAAGUUGCCUUUCUUUGUCUCUUGCCUCAGUAUUAUUAGUAGCACCAUUUACUGAGAUAUUUCCAUUUUAAGACUUUCACUGGCUGGUCUCUUUCCCUGUGAGCAUUGUAACUACAGCGAUGUUACGGAGACAGAUUGUUACCAUAGGGUGAGGAGUACCAGAGGCCUCCCAUUUGACCACUCUGCAGAUUUCACCACUCUGGUUGGCUGUUGGUAGAGAUAACUUAAACACUUUGGCAGUUGUUGUGCCUGCGAGCAUGGUUAAUUAUGCUUUCCUGCCUGGAAAUUAUAUCAGCCAGUCUACUCUGACAGCAUUUUAAAGUCAUCGAGGGCUAAACAUUGACUGCAAAAAAAAAAGAUAAAAACAGUAAAUGUUGCUCUUUUUGUGAUGUGAAUUUGAUCAUUUACAGGCAUGCGUUGAAUUAUGUCUUGUUGUUCUCUCUCUCUCUUUCUUCCUUGUUAUCAUACAGACUGUAUAAGGGCAAGAUUAGAACAAAAAAAUCAGCCAUUUUUUCUUCUCAAAAAUAGUUUCGAGCUGAUUUAACAGUGUAUUUUUAGAUGCAUGCUUUUUGGAUGCACAAAUUCUGAACAAACAAACGAGCACAGAUUCCAUUCCAGGGAUCUCAUAAUUAAAAACAAAACACGUGGUUAUAAAUGUCAGCUGCAUGGCUGAAAGCAGGACCUAUCAUGUGACUGUUGCACAGUUCCAUAGUGAAAUAAAAUAGCCUUUAAGUGUCACUUUGACUCUAAAGACCCCGCACAUGAUCAAUUUUGUAUUAGUAGACACCAUCUAGAAACAUUAUAGUAGUUUUUGAUAUGCAUCUCUUGCUUUAAAUAAUAUAAUUUAUGGACCAUUUUUAAUUAAGUAUUAAGGUUAUAUGUGUACCAGUACUAAAAUAACCUGGAUAAUAGAUCAGUAGAGGCGCAUUAGCUUAGAGUUUUAGGUAACAUAUGCUAAAACAUAGUGACCAAAUGUUUGGAAGCUGUUCACAGGAUUAAGGUUAAUAAAACAGUUACAUGUAUUUCAAUGUUUUGACUUUCAUGUAUGUUUUUUCUUGCCUUUUGUUGUUUUUGAGCGCAGUUUUUUUUGGUCUUGAUCUAUUCUAUUGUUACAGUAAAUACCACUAUUCUUUCCAUUAUUCAUCUUUUGUACUUGUUCAUGUCGGUUAUAUACUAUUUUAUUCUUAUCUUACUGUACUGUAUUUCAUUGAUUUAAUGCUUACAAUUAGUUGGUUUCAUUUUGAACCUGGAGAUGUGCCUUCUCCACUGUCGUAUCCCGUCGUUCCUUUUGAAUCGAGCCUGGUUUGCAGCUACAGAAAUUCAUUCCACAAUAAGAAAUCGGUUGUUACUUGUGCUUGCGUUGAGCCCGGUGCAGUUAUGACACCAGAACGACUAACAUAUAGUACAUGGCAAUAGUUAUUCAGCGUUGCAUGCUAUCUGUGUAGGUGGUGGCGGCAUUUCCUCUGGUAUUAUGUCUUCUGUUUGCACCAAUUACUCCACCUUUGUGGCCCUGCCUUUGUCAUCACUAUGUGAUAUUAAACGUGUGAUGAUGCCUUCACAGUCGCAUUUAUCUGGCGUUUUGUUGUGUUAUGUUCUAUUGUAUUACAUGCGGGAUGCCUUGUCUUUUCAUAUAACUUUUUUUAUAAAUUCCUGUUUGAUAUGUGUGAAUGUGUAUAUGUUUAAAAACAUUAUUUAGCCCCACCCCUCCCCUUUGGCUGUAUCAAAAGA